UCAGCCGAUUCCAGUGUGGAAGCAUUGUGGUGCGGUCAAAAGAACAAACAACAAUGUAUACAGUCACUAAAACCCUUUUGGCCCUUGCGGUCCUUGUGUGCGUCUCCGCAGCAUCUCACGUUUCAGAUGGGCAGGAGGACAGUCCUCGUUUCCUUUUCGGAGGCGGAUAUGGGCGUAACUACGGCAGCUACUCCAACGGAUAUGGAAGAUACAACGGAGGAUAUGGAGGAAGCGGCCUCCAGUAUGGAAAUGGAGGAUAUGGAGGAAUCGGCCUUCAGUAUGGAAAUGGAGGAUAUGGAGGAUUAGGGCGAUAUGGUGGUGGAUAUGGACUGUCUGGUGGAUAUGGAGGAUAUGGAAGCUAUGGAGGCCUAGGAUCAUUGGCAAGAUUGGGAGGACUAGGAGGCUAUGGAGGCUACGGCGGAAAUAGUGUCUAUGGACUUAACCGCCCGUACAGGAUCGGAUAUCAACUGAGAGGUGGCGACAUCAAGGAAGCAGUGGAAGGAGACAACAAUCAGCUGGCCGAACCAGAAAAAGAGCAACACCAGCGGGUGAGCGGCUACUGAACAGCAGAGGCGUAGAUUCGGGCUCAACAACCACAAUCCUUAGUAGAUUAGGACAAACAUGUCAAACCUGCUGAUUUCAACUAAUAAAUGAGUAUUUAAAUGCAUUAAA